AUCUGCGGAGGACUUAAAUAGGAGUGACCUCCGCGCUGAGCGAGAAGUGGGAGAGAGAACGAGAGAGAGAGAGUGAGAGAAAGAGAGUCCGAGCUAUCGUGCCAACAUGUCUGAGCCCAUUAGAGUUCUGGUGACCGGUGCUGCCGGGCAGAUCGCCUAUUCCCUGCUGUUCAGCAUCGCCAAGGGAGAUGUCUUUGGCAAAGAUCAGCCAGUCGUCUUGCUCCUCUUGGACAUCACGCCCAUGCUGCCGGUCCUGGAUGGCGUCGUCAUGGAGCUGCAGGACUGCGCUCUCCCACUUCUGAGAGAUAUCGUCCCCACCGACAAGGAGGACGUGGCCUUCCGGGACCUGGACGCGGCCAUCUUGGUGGGCUCCAUGCCUCGGAGGGAGGGCAUGGAGAGGAAGGACCUGCUCAAAGCCAACGUGGCCAUCUUCAAGAGUCAGGGCGCCGCUCUGGAGAAGUUCGCCAAGAAGACCGUCAAGGUGCUUGUUGUAGGAAACCCCGCCAACACCAACUGUCUGAUCGCAGCCAAGUCGGCUCCCUCCAUCCCCAAGGAGAACUUCUCCUGCCUGACCCGUCUGGACCACAACAGGGCUCGCUCUCAGGUGGCGAUGCGCUGUGGCGUCCCCGCCACCCACGUGAAGAACGUGAUCAUCUGGGGCAACCACUCGUCCACCCAAUACCCAGAUGUGCACCACUGCCUGGUCAAAAUGUCCGGCAGCGAGCUGGCCUGCUUCGAGGCGGUCAAGGACGACGCCUGGCUCAAAGGCGAUUUCAUCGCCACGGUGCAGCAGAGAGGCGCCGCGGUCAUCAAGGCCAGGAAGCUGUCCAGCGCCAUGUCUGCAGCCAAGGCCAUCUGUGACCACAUGAAGGACAUCUGGUCGGGCACCCCCGAGAAGAAAGGUUGCCGCUUGGUUUUAACCAGUGCCUCCUCCUUUGGUUCAGGGAGAGUUUAUCUCCAUGGGGGUUUACUCCUCCGGCAACUCCUAUGGAGUCCCAGAAGACCUCAUCUACUCAUUCCCUGUCCAGAUCAAGAACAAGACCUGGAAGAUCGUGGACGGCCUGGCCGUCAACGACUUUUCACGGUCAAAGAUGGAGGCCACGGCGGCGGAGCUGAUGGAGGAGAGAGACACAGCUGUGUCUUUCCUGGCAGUAUGACCCGGCGACGCCGCCCAACCAACCCUCAGACGUGUGUGUGUGUGUGUGUGUGUGUGUGUGUGUGUGUGUGUGUGUGUGUGUGUGUGUGUGUGUGUGUGUGUGUGUGUGUGUGUGUGUGUGUGUGUGUGUGUGUGUGUGUGUGUGUGUGUGUGUGUGUGUGUGUGUGUGUGUGUGUGUGUGUGUGUGUGUGUGUGUGGAGAAAUCACACAGCGUCACCAGCGACUCCUCAGUGUGACGCACAAGUAGAACUCCACCCUGAGUACAAUGUUUAUAUACACACAUCUACGUUGUUAGCAGCUACAGCAUUUUCCUCUGGGCGUGAGUGAGAAAACACAAAUGGUUGUUACGUAUAUUUAGGUGACGAUGCACUGAGUCCUCAGACACUGAAAUGGAAACAUUUAAAGCUGAUUAAUAAAAUAUCUAAACA